CUGCUCAUUCUUGCUUUGUGGAACUUCUCAGAGACCUGCAGCAGCCAGCAUGCUCUGGGUCCUGCUUUCCAUACUCGGGCUCACCACUCAGAUUCAAGCAAUAGCCAUAAAGCAAACACCUGAAUUAAAGCUCCAUGAAGUAGUCCAUCCUAAAAAACUAUAUAUUUUACACAAAAGAGAGGUGCAGGACAACCAGACCCAGAAGCAGAGCAAAGAGGUAAGCAAGGAAAGAUAUGAACCUGAAAUUCAGUACCAGAUUAUACUAAAUGGAGAGGAAGUCAUUUUUCACCUAUAUAAAAUGAAGCAACUCCUCGCACCAGAUUAUGCUGAGAUACACUACUCACCCAAAGGAGAGGAAAUCACCACAAACCUUGAGAGCAUGGAACACUGUUACUAUGAAGGACACAUCCUAAAUGAAAAGAAUUCUGUAGCCAGCAUUAGUACCUGCGAUGGGUUGAGAGGAUACUUCACCCAUCAUGGUCAAAGAUACCUGAUAAAGCCUCUGAAGAGUUCAGACCAGACAGAACAUGCUAUCCUUCUGUAUAACCAAGAGGAACUGGACCCAGCCAAUCGCACGUGUGGUGUGAAAAAUCUUGGCAGGAAAUCAGAUCUUAUUCGAACAUCUAGGUCACUCAAAAACUCAGAGCAGGAAGACUUUCUUCAGGCACCCAAAUACAUUGAUCUCUUUUUGGUGGUGGAUAAUGCUUUUUAUAAGCUGUAUAAAGAGAACAUAACUCUGAUAAGAAGCUUUGUAUUUGAGGUGAUGAACCUACUUAAUGUGAUUUAUAAAACCAUAGAUAUCCGAGUCGCCUUGGUAGGCUUGGAAAUCUGGUCUGAUGGUGAUAAGAUAAAGGUGGAACCCAAUGUAGGCACCACCUUUAACAACUUCCUGAGAUGGUAUCGUCUUCACCUGGGGAAAAAGAAGAUUUAUGAUCAUGCACAACUUCUCAGCGGAAUUGGCUUCAUCAAUCGACGGGUAGGAAUGGCAGCCUCAAAUUCCCUGUGUACCCCUGCUUCAGUUUCUGUUAUUGAGGCUAUAAGAAAGAACAGUGUGUCUCUUGUAGGGGUGAUGUCCCAUGAGCUGGGCCAUGUCCUUGGUAUGCCUGAUGUUCCAUAUGACACCAAGUGUCCUUCUGGCAGUUGUGUGAUGAAUCAAUAUCUGAGUUCAAAAUUCCCAAAGGAUUUCAGUACAGUCAGCCGCUCUCGUUUUCAAAGAUACAUUUUGUCUCAAAGACCAAACUGCCUGCUACGAGCUCCUGCCCCUAAAAACAUAAUAACAAAACCAGUGUGUGGUAACAAACUUUUGGAAGUAGGGGAAGACUGUGAUUGUGGCUCUUCGCAGGAAUGCACCAAUCUCUGCUGUGAGGCCACAACCUGUAAACUGAAGCCUGGAACUAACUGUGCAGGAGACACUUCGAACCAUGUCACAGCGUGAAUUCAAAUGUCUAUUUCACCAAGAUGCUACCUUGUCAGCACAAGAAUCAAGAACUGUAACCAGACCAAAACUCUUGAGUACUUUCACACUCGCACUGAGAUUUGCUUUUUUACCUGUCAUUCUAUUUUCUAAACCUUUAUCAGUCAGGCCAACAGGUAAAUAGACAUACUUUAGAGAAGUCCCCUGUUUAUUUAGGAUUGAUCUUUCACUUAUUUUUAAGGAGUACAAAGCUCUAGCUUAGUUCUGCUCUUUGGAGAACAAAAGCAAUUAACCUUUGACUAAAAGUACUUCAAAAUGCACUGCUGAAUUAUUUAGAGUCAAUCCAUCCAACAUCUUAACAUUACAAGUGACUUGCAUUUAAACUACAUGUUCAUUUUAAUAAUGUGGCCUUCACUUGUUAAGUGAAGGCUUGGUAGCAGAAA